GCUCCACAACUCUACCUCGUUUGCAAGACACAACACAGGCACCACCACUCCGAACACUUCACUUCUAGCUUCCCAUCCAUCCAUCAAUACUCACAAUGGCCGCCAACAAACCCGCUCCGUCAUUCGAUCAGCUGCUCCAGCAAAGCCGUAAGAAGCGCCAGGCCGAAAUCCUCGCGCAAGAGAUCUUCGGAAAGGCUCGCUCAAGGACGCCUACGGGACCUCGUGCCAAACCUGCGCAGCCAGCUAGUCUAGCGAGUCGAGUCGGUGUCGCAAAGCAGCGUCCAGCUUCCCUCACGCGCACACAAUCUGCUCCGGCACCACGAAACGCACGGCAACCCCGUGCAACCCGUCCCGUCCAGGCCGCCGACACCAGCCGCCUCUCCAACGUAACCUACGCGCAGCCUUCCUCCGACCUCAUCGGCGAACCUAAGAGCAAUGGUUUCGGCGCGGUCCAGGAACAAGGUGCCGCCGGGUUCAACGUUAGGGGCGCUGCCGGAGGGCCACAUGUUGUGAUCGCGGAGAACUUCGCUCCAGGAACCACGGCCGCGGAUAUCGAAAGCGUCAUGUUGGAUGUGGGCGGACAAAUGUCGGACUGCAAGCUCGUAGCCGCGCAGCCAACAGUGAUUGCCGAGAUGACCUUCAUCGAGCGCACGGGAGCUGAGACGGUGAUUGGGACUUUCAAUGGCAAGAAGG